AUGUCUUCACUGGUACUAAAUCGUGAGCAUGGACAGGCACCUCCUCUAAUAAAGUCGGAGGUAGAAGACGAGCUCGUGUGGUUGAACGAAGAUACUGUUCUAAGAGAUGAUUUAGGCAUAGACACAAAAAGUGACGAAAAUGAUUCUUCCUCAAUAUUUUCGACUGUUCAGCAGCAUCGAAAAGAAAAAAAUCCUGUUAUGGAGGAAGAAGAGGAUGAGGACCAACCUGUUGAUGAUUUAAAUAAUCAUGAAAGUAAUAUUUUAACAUCGGUACUUCCUGAUGGAGAUUAUAAACCCGUGAUCAAUUUAGAUGAUGAUGGGGAUGCUAAAAUGGGCGAUGAUUACGAAAAUGAAAAUUCCGAUGUUUCGUCAGAAAGUGAAAUGCCGCCAGAUACUCAAGAACAGGAAAACGACAUUGACCAAGAUCAAGAUCCAGGUUUUGGUCUUGGUUCUGCACGUUGCAUUCUUGAAUAUGCUGGCACCAAAACUCCUAUGACCAUUCGCACGCAAGUGAGAUUGAGCGAAUUUAUGAUGACUCUGAAAAAAGAUUUGGUUUUUCAUGAAGCGCAUUACCAGGAAGCCGUUCUCACAUUUAAAGAUUUCGAGGAUCCCGACUUUAUAGUGUCUAUCUCUCAAGAAAACUAUUAUGCUCAACAUCAUACACUGAAUGAUAUCCUGAAUUUACACCACAACUUCCAAAAAGCAAAAAAUCAAUCUCCUAGCUAUCUUCAUAUUCUUUUAACGCUUAGAGACGGUUUCAUUUCGCAGAUACAGCGUAUUCGAUAUAGUAUCACAGAAGUUGUGAGGGCAAAUAGUGCAGGCAAUCUUCCACAAAAUCCUAUUGUUCUUGAUGACGAUGAUUCCGAUCCUGGAAUUCAUUCGGAUGAAAGCGAUAACGAAGGAGCUCAAUCACCUCUAACCGAACCAACCGUCAAUGCAGGUAAACUGAGUGUACCUUCUCCACAUUUAACUUUUAAGAAUAAUCGAACAAAGAAUGGGUUACCGAUUAUUGAUGAUGAUGAUCUUGCACCAUAUUCUGAUAUUGAUGAAACUGAUCGAGAUCAACCUUUGCCUACUAUUGAAGAUCUAGAUGGAGAAACAGAAGUCCCAUUGGAUGAUGAUGAAUUAAAUAACGAUAAAUUAGGUGAAGAGGAAAUUAAUGACGAAAAGAAUGAUAAUUCAACUGUCACCUCCUCACACGUAGAAACUGAACAAGUUCAUGACGACACUUUCGGCGCUUCAGAACCUUCAAACGAAGAAGGCGACAACAAAUUCACAUAUUACUUCACUGAUGAUAUCCCAGAAGAGGUUGACAAUGAUAACAUUGAUCAUACCAACGAACUUGAUGUUGCACAAAAUAAUGAAGAAUAUGUGGAUUCUACGCUGCAAGCUAACAUUGAAGGAGAAGAAAACUUUGAUACGGAAGACUGGGCAAACGAUGUAACAACCGAUAACCUGAACCUUGAUUCUGCAUCCGCUGUUAAUCUAAAACGAGGGCGGGAAUCCAUAUUCACUACUGACGAUAUUGACGAAGAGUCUGACGUUAAAAAGGCACGAAUAAUUUGA